GGUGAUCGCUGCAUCCGCGUAGGCCGCAAUCGUCGAGAUCGUUGCAAUCGUUCAGGUCAAUCUGAUCAGAUUCGCGAAGUCGCAAUCGUUGCAAUCAUCGUCGAGAUGCACGGUCGACCGGGAGUGACGGCGAAGGCGGAUUGCGUGUGACGUCAGCUCGCGUCCAGACCCUUGGAUUUCAGAACAUCCUCACCGAUCUCCGAUAACGUUGCGUUUCUCGUCGAGAUUCACGGCCGCCACCGCGAGUGACGGUGAAGGCGGUUCGCGUGUGAGGGAAGGGAGGAUCGGACGUCAGUCAGCAUCCAAACGCUUGGAUUUUUCGAACAGAGCAUUUACAUUUUUCUUAGGCGUCUCACCAAACGAAUUGAAUUCAGAGGCUUAGAUUAUUCAGGCAGAUCGUUUAGAUAUUUCAGAUCGUCGUCGCUGACCUUGGAUCGUCGAUCGGCGCGAGAUGCACGGUCGGCCGCGAGUGACGGUGAAGGCGGAGGGCAGCGCGGCGGGGCAGCAGAAGGCAGCGGAGUCGAACAAGAAGGCGCUUCGGCUGCGCGCGUUGCAGGAGAAGGUGCUGACGUGGCACCAGCAGAACGUUUACUCUGCCGAAGCGCUAGCAGCCAGUGCUAGUCUUCUAGAGCUCAACCCCGACGUGUACGUGACGUGGAACUACCGCAAAAAGGCCUUCGCCCACAGAUGCCACGCGCUGGAGGAAGGAGAGGAUGGGGGGAAGAAAGGGGAGGGUGGGGGGGCGGCGGAGGGCGCGGAAGGGGGAGCUGAGAAGGGGGGGAAGAGUGAGGGGGGUGAAAUAAAGGAUGGGGAGGAGAGAGAGGAGCAGGAGGGGGAAGAAAGGGAGAGGGAUGAAACGGCGAGAAGGGAAAAGGAGAGGAAGAUAGAGGAAGCCAAGGGGAAGUUGGCAGAUGAGGAACUCAAACUGAUAGAAACUGCAUUAAGAACGAAUCCCAAGUGCUACGGCGCCUGGCACCACCGCAAGUGGCUAUUCGCCCUCUCCUCCACCGAGCCUCUCCCGAGCCUCGGAGCCAGCCUCGGGCCAAGCCUGCUGCAGGUUCGGAUCAACCUGCGGUCGGAGGCUCGGAUCGCGCGGGAGCAGAAGCUGCUGAAGAUGAUGCUGAGUGCGGAUGAUCGGAACUUCCACGCCUGGGACUACUGGAGGUUCAUCUCCCAUCUCGCUCACGUACCGGUGACCAAGGACCUCGCCUUUACGCUGGAGCGGAUCAACGCCAAUUUUAGCAACUACAGCGCGUGGCACAGCAGAAGCAAGUUGCUCCCCAAGCUCCACUCUCAGCCACCCCCUGGGCCUGCUGCUUCCGAAGGAGGUUUGGGUCAGGGCCCACUAGAUGCGGAGUUUGAGUUGGUUCGCCAGGCAUUCUUCACCGAGCCGGACGACCAGAGCGGGUGGAUGUACCUGCGCUGGCUGCUGCAGCAGAUACUACCUCUCCAGCGCCCCCGCCUGCUCGCCACUUGGCCCACUCCUGGCAGCACUCUGUGCUGCCCUGAGGCAUCUGAAAAAUCUCCUGAAGCAUCUUCAGCUGCUGGAGAGGAUUCCGCCAAAACUGCUGCCGAGGCUGCUGCCAAAGCUGCAGUCCAGGGUCGGAUGUCUGCAGUGCUGGUGUUCUCCGAACCUGUGGUGGGGGUGACCAGGGAGAGUGUGACCCUAACGGGGGCUGGUGUGGAGGUGGGCGAGUGGAGGGCUGUAGGGGGAGAGACAGGCGGAGAGCUGGUCGGGCGGCAAACAGGCUGUGGUGAGGGGGGAACAGGUGGCAAAGUGAGGUCGGGGAGUGCAUCUGUUUGGACUGCUCAGGUCGUUUGCACCACUUCUCGUGACCUAGGUACUGCUGCUGCUGCUGCUGCUGUUGCUGCUUCCGCUGCCGGUGAUGGUGAUGGUUCUUCUGCUGCUGCUCAUGCUGAUGUUGGCUCUGAUGCUGGCGCUCUAUCACCACAACAAGGCCUGGCCUCCUCUUCUGCCGCCGCCUCUUUUCCAACCGUCCAGGUCUCAUGGGCUUUCGCCCGUCCAUCUGCCAUCCGUUCCGUGGCUUCUAGUCACCCACUCUCCCUCUCACACAAGGGGAGCUACGGCAGCAACUUUUUUACACUGCAGUUGCGACCACAAACUGCCAGUGGGUCUCCAACCAUCCACUCUCUCCCCCACGGAACACCAUCGCCUGUGAGCUCUGUUGCUGGAGACUGGACCAACUUUCGAUGGCCCCCCUCCUCUCCGUCAUCCGCUGCUGCUGCUGCUACUGCUGCUGCAACUGGUGCUGGUGGUAGUGCUGCUGCUGCUGCUGCUGCUGCUGCUGCUGCUGCUGGUAGUGGAAACAGUGCAGGGGCAGAGGCGCCGCUAGGGAAAGGCGAGGCGUGGCGGGUGGACGUGAUUCAACGGGAGAUCGACAUGUGUCGCGAGCUCAUCGACCUCGAGCCUGACAGCAAGUGGGCUCUCCUCUCUCUCGCCCGCCUCCUCACCACGCGCCGCCAGCUGCACCACCUCCUGCCGAACCUGCCAGUGCAGGCUCGGGAGGAUGCCGAGGCUCGCGAGGAGGUUCGGUCUCUGCUUCGGCGGCUGGUUGGGAUCGACCCGUACCACAAGGAGUAUUACCGGGAUCUGCUAGAGGCAUUGGAGGGAGAAGAGGACACAAGUUCCACGGAAACCAGAAUCACCACCACCGCCACCACCAGCACCACCACCAGCAACAGCAGCAGCAACAGCAACAGCAACAGCAACAGCAACAGCAGCAGCAGUGUGUGUCUUUCCCACCGGAGUCUCUCCUUCCUGCCGGCACCCCACCAGCUGCUGCCUGCUACCACCGUGCUGCUGACCCAUAACCAAAUGAGCAGCCUCGCAGGUUUCGAGGCCCUUCAGAAUCUUCAAGUCCUCGACCUCUCUCACAAUCAGAUCGCCUUCUCGUCAGCCGUCGCGCCUCUCGCGCACCUCCCCGCCCUCCGCGCUCUCUCCCUCGCUCACAACCUGCUGGGCGCCAGGCCUGUCGACUGCCGCCGCUACAGCCACCCCUCCCCCCGCUGUAACCGCCUCCUCCCCUGGUCGAGACAAUCAGCCAGUGGUGUUGUAACAUCAGGGGAGGUUGGGGAAGGCACGUCCGGGACCCAGUCCGCUGCUGCAGCGGUGGUUCGGCAGCAUCCGAACCUGUGGGCGGUGCUGCAGUGUCUGGGCGGGCUGUACCAGGUGGCGGUUCUUGAUUUGACAGGGAAUCUGGUGUGCCAGUGGGGUGGAUAUCGGGAGCUCGUUCUUGCUCUGCUGCCGCAGCUGGUGCGUUUCGAUGGGGCUAGUACUGCUGCUGCUGCUGGCACAGUUGUUUAAUACCACAGACUACAAUAGCACAGCCUGGGAGCAGGUCCUUGCUCUGCUGCCGCAGCUGGUGCGUUUUGAUGUGGACGUUCUAAUCGAGUAACCACUUAGGUACCUUGGUCCACUAUGCUAUGCUAUCUUGUUAUGUAUGUGGGUUGUCAUGUUGCUUGCUAUGAGCAUAGUAAUUAAGAGAGGAAGCUCAGAUGGUUUGCAGCACGGCCCUCUCCAUGUUCGCACAAGUUGGUUUGCGCAUGUGAAACCUUGUUUGUUACUGUA